UCUCUUGAUUUAUUUUCUUAAUUCGCUCUCAUAUACUCACAAUUACAUACAUACCCAUCUCUCUCCUCUCUCUCUCUCUCUCUCUCUCUCUCUCUCUCUGGUAUAGUAGGUUGGUAGGAAAGGAAGAUACAAAUCGUUGCUGCAGAUAGAAAGGCGAAAAAGUGGAGGAGAAUUUAGUUCCUUCCCUACUUUUUUUUUUGUUAUAUCUAUGUCUGUUGUCUCUUCUUCUUAGAGUUUGCUUGCUUAUUUUGGAGAAGUGGAAGAAAUAGGAGGCCAGGGUUCUCCAUUGUGGGAUGGGCAUAAGAAGAACACAGGAGAGGAGAUGACAUGGUGCAAUGACUGCGACGAUGACACCAACGACAGAGCCAUUCAGAGAAGCUCCCUGUCGACGACCGCCGUUGUCGAUGACAGACCACCCCAAGAUCGUCGUUUCAUAACCUGCCCUUCUUGUGGUCAUCGAAUCGAAUCUCUGGACCAGGCGGGAAUUCAAGACUUGCCGGGUCUACCCGCCGGAGUGAAAUUCGAUCCAACCGACCAAGAGCUUCUCGAGCAUUUGGAAGGGAAGGUGCGACCUGAUUUGCAUAAGCUCCACCCUCUGAUAGACGAAUUCAUACCUACCCUCGAAGGGGAGAACGGAAUCUGUUACACCCACCCAGAAAAGCUACCGGGCUUAAGCAAGGAUGGCUUAAUUCGUCACUUCUUCCAUCGGCCUUCAAAGGCCUACACGACUGGAACCAGAAAGCGCAGGAAGGUGCACACAGACGCCGACGGGGGCGAGACGCGAUGGCACAAGACGGGCAAGACCAGACCGGUGUUUGCAGGUGGGAAGGUAAAAGGGUACAAGAAGAUACUAGUGCUUUACACCAAUUACGGUAAGCAAAGAAAGCCUGAGAAGACGAACUGGGUUAUGCACCAGUAUCACCUUGGUAAUAACGAGGAAGAAAAGGAUGGAGAGCUGGUGGUUUCCAAGGUGUUCUAUCAGACACAGCCCAGACAAUGUGGCUCAAUCGUCAAGGACGCGAUUCCAGUUCCAGCUGCUAAAUCUAAAGCUCUAGCUGGGCACGAUAGUUCUGGUCUCAAGGACACGGGCCACGCACACGCUGCCCUGGUCGAAUACUAUAACUCCUCCUCGCUCAUUGCAUAUGAGCAAAGUGGGCAUAAUAGAGCAAGCUCACCUCAGUUAAUACCUGAUUUCGUUGUUCAUCCUGAUGGGUCUUCAUUUCUUCCUUGAGAGAGAUAAGAGUCGCCUCACGUCGCUAACCAUGCAAAUUUCAGACAGAGAAAAGAAAUAAAAAAGAAAGUGAAGCAGUAAUAGAGAGAAACGUUUAAAUAGUUAGUAUUUUGGGCAACAAUGGCAGCAAGGACUAAUUGCUGUUCUGUGUACUAGUUAGUGAAAUAAAUUAUAUUGUCAUCAGUGAUAUGUCAAGUUGAUAUAGGGAAAAAAAAACGAAGGGGUGAUGGGGGAAUAAGAGGAAACCAUUCCUUCAUUAAACACUGAAGUUGUUAUUCUUUUAGGUCUGGAACAGAAAUCCUUGUGAGACCAAUAUUGUUUUUUGUACUUAGUUAUAUAGAUCGAUACAGGCUUUAUCCAAUGACCACUGUAGCUUUACAUGGGUCAUGGCACUUUAGUAUGAGAGAGGGUAAUGUUGAUGUAAAAUUGUACAAAGAUGAUUCUAUUUCUAGUCUCACAGGUCCUUACUUCGACCCUUUGUGUUAA